AUGAAGCCACAUCUACGGACUUUGCCUUGUGCCGGGCGCCUGCGCACCCCGACUAUUCUUCCCUCAGUCCGACAGACAGUACAUGGUGCGCGCAGCUAUGUGCGGACUUCGGAGAAUGCGCGGACAAUCUUGAUCAGCUCUCGAGCAACCGGAGCGACAUCGCCCCAUGUCUUGGAGCAGAGAAGAUGUAUAACACAGAAGCACAUACAGAAGAUGAAGGAAGGGAAGGAGCAAUGGCACCAAUGGGCGCGGCAGAUCAAGGCUGGAAAGCGAAAGAGCUUCAUCCGACACCUGGAAGAGAGAGGACUGAUUCAUGAUGUUGUCGGUGAGCGUGAUCUCCUGGAGCGGAUUUUCACUGAGAAGAGAGCUGGAAUAUAUGUGGGAAUAGAUCCCACCGCUCCCUCAUUACAUGUUGGUCAUAUGCUGCCAUUUAUAAUUCUGGCGUGGGGCUAUGUAUGGGGGUUGCCCGUCACCUACUUGAUUGGUGGAGCUACUUCGAAAGUCGGCGACCCAACUGGCAGAUUGAAAGGAAGGGAACAGAUGAAUGCUUCGGUCCGAAAGGCGAACAUGGCGAAUAUGCAUAUGCAACUGAAGAAGCUAGGCGUCAGUGCGGAACUGUACGGCGUCGAGCACGGAUACAAGAAAGAGAGAUUCUGGAAGCGCGCCUUGGCAAACAACAGCAUAUGGUGGAAUGGUACAGCCUUUAUAGAUGUCCUUCGGGACCUAGGCAACCAUGUGCGACUGGGUCCAAUGCUGGGUAGAGAAACUGUCAAGAAUCGGCUGGCCAAAGGUGAUGGCAUGUCCUUCGCCGAGUUCUCCUACCCUCUGAUGCAGGCAUGGGACUGGUGGGUUCUGUUCAGGAAAGGUGUCCAGGUGCAAGUUGGAGGCUCUGACCAAUACGGGAAUAUUCUCUUUGGAAUGGAAGCCGUCAAGAUGAUUAGCAAGAACACCCCGAUUGAGGAGGAUCAGAAUCCUUUGGAAGAUGAUUUGGAUAAACCCAUCGGCUUCACCACGCCACUCUUAACCGCGCCGAAUGGCGAGAAAUUUGGCAAGUCUGCUGGAAACGCUGUUUGGCUUGACAAGGACAUGACUUCUACAUUCGAGCUGUACCAGUUCUUCGUUCGGACUCCAGAUGAUGUUGUGGAAAGCUACCUGAAGAUGUUCACCUUCCUGCCUCUUCCUAAAAUCGCCGAGAUUAUGGCAGAGCAGAUCCAGGACCCCUCGAAGCGAGUUGCUCAGCAUACCCUGGCCCAUGAAUUUUUGUGGCUGGUUCACGGAAAGAAAGAGGCGGAUGCAGUAGCCACGCAACAUCGUCAGCUCUUCCGAUCACGUACAUCCACGGCCGAGCCUACUCCACUUCCCAAAGUAUCCAGCCCGCCCAGCAGCCAUGCAAAUUCUCCAACCGCAGGCUUCGUCAAUCCCCAGUCUGGAAAUAAGUACGCCCCCCAGACCAACUUCGCCAACAUGGGAAGCCCUCAUGUUACUCUACCUCGCUCCCUUGUCUUCAACCAGCCAUUCCACAAGAUCCUCUGGCAUGCGGGAUUGGUCGCGUCGAAGAGCGAAGGGCACCGGAUCGUUGCCAAUAAGGGAGCUUAUGUGGGAAGCCGCCCUGGUGACAGUGGGCCCAUGUCUGACGACCUGGCAUUCACGCCUAUUGAGACAUGGCUCCCCGAAAAGACGGAGCAGUAUAUCAUUGACGGGGAGCUUUUGCUUCUCAAGCUUGGCAAGUGGAAGUUCCGGAUUGUCAAGAUCAUCAGUGACGAGGAGUUCAAGGAGCGUGGGCUCACCGCGCCUGGCUGGGAACCGGAGAGGUCGGAAGCUGAAUCGGAAUCGGACGCCCAAAAGAAAGCUAACGAAAAGUCGGCUUGA